CACUUCUCCUUCAUGAUGCAUCACGGUGAAGGUUUAAUUUCAAAUAUAUCCGGAAAUAUUUUAGUUGACUUAUUGGGUGAGAAGAGUACUCGAUAUAUUAAAACCUGCCUGGAGGCGAGUAUCGAUCAUCUAACUAAAUUCAUGGAACUCAGAUUAAAGGUAGAGCUGGAGAAACCAGAAGAAGAAAAUCAUUUAUCGGAUAAUGUGGAGAAUAUUAAACUCUUCGUUCAAUAUUCAGGAGAAUAUUUCGAGUUGACCGGACCUGAAACCUUAGAGAUGGUGAAGGAAGAUUAUUGGAAGAAGAAUACGAAACCAUUAGAGCUCUUCUACAAUUUUGACCUGACAGCGGCAAAGGAGGUUUAACAGCUGCUGUAACUGUCACAAAUGUGAAAUGUGUAUAUUUAUCUAAAUGCAACAUUUUGAAACGUCGUGAUUUAAUAAUUCCACGUGACCUGAUGAUUAUCAUUAAUUUUUGUCUAUAGAGAGUUUAAUUUGAAGAUUUGCAAGAGUGCAUAUAAUUUGAAAUUGCUCCACGCGACCGGCGGGUUUCCCGACGCUCUAGCACCCUCGUGCUUAAAGCGAUCCAGCUGGCAAGCAAUUUGAAACUGGAAUGUGCAUUGUGCAUCUAUAAAUCAUUUAAGAAACUGUUAUUUCAAAUAAGUCUUAAAUAAAGAAAGGAAUAUCCGAUUCUUUUAUAACGACA